CAGCUAAAUAUUGCGGCGUUAUUCUGCAAGGCGGAGGUUGAAUAUUCACGUUUGUUUUCAACUUUGACAUCGCUACUUGCAGUUAUUAUGGCUUCUCAUAAAAAUAACUGAGUGCAAACGGUUCAAGACAAAUUUCUAUUCCGUGUAUACAUCGAUUCAGCAAUAAAAUAGCAUGGCAGAAGGACGGAGCUUAGCAUCGCGCACCCUGCUUUGUUUACUUCGCUUAUUUUUCGUCACUGAUAUUGUUUUGGGGCAAAUUCAAUAUUCAAUUCCGGAGGAACUAGAGCAUGGAGCUUUCGUGGGGAAUAUUGCCGAAGAUUUAAAGUUAAGUAUUAGGAGACUGGUCACUCGCAAAUUUCGUCUCGUCACUGAUGAGACGAGUAAAUACUUCGAUGUCGACUUAGAAAAUGGGAUUUUAUUUGUUUCUGAAAUAAUAGAAAGAGAACAAAUUUGUGGGCAUAUUUCAACCUGCGUAAUUUCAUUUGAAGUUGUGAUGGAAAAUCCUUUGGAAAUAUAUAGCGUUGACGUGGAGGUGAGAGAUAUAAAUGACAAUUCACCUACAUUUGUAAAGGACAAGAUUUUCGUGGAAAUCGCAGAGUCAUUUGCCCCAGGAGCGCGCUUUCCUCUGGAGGGCGCACAAGAUUUGGAUGUAGGCAGCAAUUCUGUCAGCGCUUACCGGAUCAGUUCGAAUGAAUACUUCGGUCUCAACACACAGACCCGAAGUGACGGCAGUAUAGUUGUUGAGUUGUUAUUAGAGAGGUCUUUGGACCGAGAAAAAGAUUCGACAUUUCAUCUUGUACUGACGGCGAUGGACGGUGGCAUUCCGGAGCAAUCGGGUACAGCCGAAAUAAUAGUUACAGUUCUGGAUGCGAAUGACAACGCGCCUGUGUUCGAACACGAAAAGUAUGAAGUCAGCUUGCUCGAGAAUGUCCCGCAAGGCUUUUUGGUCAUCCAGCUCAAAGCGAAUGAUGCAGAUGAAGGGACGAAUGCUGAGGUACAAUAUUUUUUCAACACACAUACAUCUCAAAGGGUGCGUCAGCUGUUCAGGCUGAACGCUGAAAGUGGAGAAAUUGAAGUUCAAGGUGUUCUAGACUUUGAAGAGUCAAUUGUUUACGAAAUUGAAGUACAAGCUGCAGAUAAAGGCGCGUUAUCACUGGCGGGACACACUCAAGUCCGGGUCACAUUAAUUGAUGUCAAUGACAACACGCCCGAAGUUAAAGUGACCUCCGUAUCCAAUGCAAUCCCUGAAGAUGCGGCGUUAGGUACGACAAUAGCUUUAAUUAGUGUAACGGAUAGAGAUACUGGAGACAAUGGGCGAGUUGAUUGUCAAGUGCUUACGGGCAGUCCUUUUAAACUCCAAGAAUCUCUGAAGAGCCAGUAUAAGUUAAUUACAAAUGGCAUACUAGAUCGUGAAAUGGUUCCUUUGUACAAUGUGACUAUUAUUGCUUGGGACGCUGGGAUUCCACCUCUUUACACAAAUAAAACUAUUGUGGUGUUCGUAACAGAUAUAAAUGACAAUACGCCGAGGUUUACGCAGUCUUUAUAUACUGUAUACGUGAAAGAGAACAAUGCUCGGGGUAUUUCAUUCUUUACAGUUACGGCUUUGGAUCCCGAUUUUGGACAAAAUUCGCGCGUAUCCUAUUCUAUUCUGGGUAACCAAUACGAAGAUUUUUCAGUUCCAAUUUAUAUUGAUAUUAAUUCCAACGAUGGAAGCAUCUAUGCGCUACGUUCUUUUGACUAUGAACAAACAAAAAGCUUUCAAAUUCGCGUGCAAGCAACGGAUAAUGGAAUUCCUAAACUGAGUAGUAGCACUACUGUUACUGUGACUGUUCUCGAUGAAAACGACAAUGCCCCCGUAAUCAUUUCUCCUAUAACGAGAAAUGGUUCGGCGACGUUGCAAAAGGUACCUCAAUCAGCAUUUCCGGGAUAUUUAGUUACCAAGAUAAUCGCGUCUGAUGCAGAUUCUGGCCAGAAUGCACGACUUUCCUUUCAAUUACUUGGAGCUACAGACAGUAGUCUAGUCAGUUUAGGGCCUCAAUCUGGGGAAAUCAAGUUAGCUCGGCCACUUACUGAUAAAGAUCUCACUACACAACGUCUGAAUAUCCUCGUGCAGGACAACGGAGAGCCAAACCUUUCGAGCAAAGCAUCCUUAUUUUUUUCAAUAAUGAGCAGCGCUAAUGAAACAUUCGUUGAAUCGCGUGAUUUCCUUAAGAAAACCGAGUACUUUUCAGAUCUUAAUUUCUAUUUAAUAAUUACUUUGGGGACAAUUUCCUUGAUAUUUUUUGUGGCAAUUAUCAUCCUUUUUGUCGUUAAAUUGCGUCAAGGUACACACGUUCGUGAUUCCAAUUCUAAGUUUUGUUGCGCGGGUUCAAAUUCUUUGGAUAGCCGUAAUCAGAGGCAGUCUCCAGGAGAAUAUCUGAACUAUCUUGGAAAAAAACAAACGAUCUCUGUUCGUAAUCGCCAGGACUAUAGGAUGUAUUUAUCCCCAAAUGCACAGGGAACUGACUUUUUGUUCAUUAAACCCUACGAUGCAACUUUGCCCUGCAGUGAAGUGAAUGAAAGUACUAUCAACACCUCGACAGAGCACGCUGACGAAACAAUUACGUUGAACGAUAGAUAUCGCAAAGGGGAACAGUUAAACGUACGUGAAGACAAAAAGAUUGGUAAGACAAAUAUGGAUCCGUUUACAGUUGAUCAAACGUGUGCGCUGCCUAUCCUAGUUGAAAAGCCAGUGGAGACUCCGGCAACUGAAGCACUGCAGGAGUCUUAUUUGGAAAUUUUACCAGUUUGUGCCGUAACGACGUUAGAGAGGAACAAGCUGAAGCAGGAGAGGUUAAAACGUACAGAUAAGGAAGCUGAAGUAGAAUUAUCAGAUACGUGUUUUGAUCAGGCGCUGCGCAAAAUUUAUACCGCAAAAGAAAUGUCGCGAUCAGACCGCCAUUGGAUGUUGAACAAGCCAGCGAUACCGUCCAUCUUUUUGCUUUGUUUCUGGAAUCUAGCUACGGGGCAGCUUCGCUACUCCAUUCCUGAAGAGCAAGAGCCCGGUGCUUUAGUAGGAAAUAUCGCACAAGACUUGGGAUUGAAUGUGGAGGAACUUACACGCCGUAAAUUUAGAAUUGUCUCUGAUUCGCCAGCGCAAAACCUGAAUGUUGAUCUAAAGAGCGGAAUCUUAAUUGUGGAAGGUCGAAUAGACAGAGAACAACUCUGUGGACAAAGCUCGACCUGUUUAGUGCCUGUACAGGUCGUAAUUGAAAAUCCUGUCGAACAAUAUCGCGUGGAUGUCGAAAUUCUGGAUAUAAACGACAAUCCGCCUAGAUUCCCGGUAAGUGAAAUCCGUUUGGAAAUUGCUGAAUCAGCCAUACCUGGAACGCGCUUUCUGUUGCAGAACGCGCACGACUCUGACGUGCAAGCUAAUUCCCUUCGCACGUACCAAUUGACUCCAAAUGAUCAUUUUAGUUUAGAUGUGCAGUUUCGCGGAGAAACAAAAUUACCAGAAUUAAAACUGGACAUGUCUCUAGAUAGAGAAGAGCAAUCAGAGCACAGCCUAUUGCUUACAGCUCUUGACGGCGGAUCUCCAAUGAGGACAGGUACCACCCAUGUAAUUAUUAAUAUCUUGGAUAUUAAUGACAAUGCACCUGUUUUCGAACAAUCUUUGUAUGUUGUCAAUCUAGUUGAAAAUGUGUCUUCGGGAUCUCUGGUGAUUAAACUUAAUGCGACUGACUUGGAUGAAGGGUCCAAUGGCGACAUCGUAUAUUCUUUCAGUAGUUAUAAUAAAAAGAGGAUCCGCGAACUUUUUAGUAUUGAUGCCAUUUCAGGUGAAAUCAGGGUCAGCGGAAUGCUGGACUUUGAAGAAGUAAGUACUUACGACAUUGAUGUGGAAGCUAAGGAUAAAGGUUCCUACCCUUUAUCCACACACUGUAAUGUUCGGGUGAAUAUCAAAGAUCUGAACGAUAAUGCACCUAAUAUUACUUUAAAUUCCAUUGCGAAAGAAAUACGUGAGGAUACUUCGAGAGGAACAUUGAUAGCUUUAAUCAACGUGAAGGACAAGGAUUCUCAUGAAAAUGCUUAUGUUGAUUGCCGCAUAUCUCCAAAUCUCCCAUUUGUUCUUAAAUCAUCUUUCAAGAAUUCUUACAUGUUGGUGUUAAAUGAUCCAUUGGACCGGGAACGUGCUUCUGACUAUAAAAUUGUGGUAACGUGCUACGAUCGAGGGAAUCCUCCAUUGACUUCCAACGCAAAUAUAGUUGUGCACGUUUCAGAUAUAAACGACAACGCGCCCAGAUUUCUGCAGCCUUCAUACACCAUAUAUGUGAUGGAAAACAACGCACCAGGCAAUUCAAUUGGGGUAGUGAGAGCCUUCGAUCCUGACAUGGAUGAGAACUCACAUCUUUCUUAUUCCAUUGAGGAGAGUGAAGUAAAGGGGACGCCAAUUAGUUCAUAUGUGUCUAUCAAUUCUAAAACUGGUGUUAUCUAUUCACAAAAGAAGUUCGAUUACGAACAACUUAAACAUUUUCAGGUCCACAUCCAAGCUCAGGACGGUGGAGUUCCAUUACUUUCUAGUAAUACUACUGCGAACGUGAUUAUCCUUGAUCAGAAUGAUAACCCUCCGGUAAUAAAAAUGCCCAAGUCAAUAGCUGUGCCCCGGUCUGCAGCUCCGCGACACCUGACGGCCAAGAUAAUUGCUUCUGAUGCUGACUCUGGACAGAAUGCACGGCUUUUCUAUCAGAUUGUGCAAGCCACUGAUCUCAGUCUAUUCACAGUAUCACACAAUUCAGGCGAAGUUCGCACUGCUCGCCAUUUUAAAGACAGCGAUGACAUUUCACAAAAACUCGUCAUACAGGUGAGCGAUAAUGGACAUCCACCACUCUCUGGCACUGUUACUCUUACGAUUUCCGUCGCUGAACAGAGCGCAGAAAUUCGCUCAAAUUUUGCUGAACCGCAUAAGGAAUUAGAAAACGUUACCGAUUUAGCAUUUCAUAUAGUUAUUACUUUGGGAGUACUAUCGCUCAUACUUCUAGCUAUUAUUGUUGUCCUCAUUGCCCUCAUUUGGCCUGUUAACAGACAUAUUGCGUUCUCCAGACGUUGCGCCAUUGCGAGAUGCUGCUGGGCCAGUGAAUUCGAAACCAAGAAUAGAUUCCAAGGCUCGAACGUCAACCUGCAAAUUGUGCCUGAUCCUAAAGUUAUUGCGAAUGUCCUUGAGGUAGAAGGGAAUGGAUCCGUUUUCGAUACAUAUCAAUAUAAACUUCACUCGGCACCACAGGUUAGCGCAUUGGAGUACAUGGUCGUUGCACCAUUCAGCCCAGGAACGUCAGGAACAAAUGCCAGGAAUAGUAGACCAGCUUUGGCAGAACGUGACAUAAGAGCGAAUAAUGACUGGCUUACGAAAAUAAAUAAGCCUGAAACCCAGAAAUCCCAGAACGAUGCAGCACGUUAUCCCCCAGAAGAAUUUUUAAGGCUUAGAACUGUCAUACCAGCAAAAGAAAUGGCACAACCCAGCAAUCGUAUGUUGCCGAUAGCGACCAUCUUUCUGCUUUGUGCUUGGAAUCUGGUUUCCGGGCAGAUUCGUUACUCCAUUCCCGAAGAACUGGAACAUGGUGCCUUCAUCGGAAACAUCGGAAAGGAUUUGAAUUUGGCAGUGGAGGAACUAUCACGCCGUAAAUUCAGAAUGGUGUCUGCCUCUUCAAUACAAUAUGUGGAUGUAAAUCGUCGGAGUGGCGUUUUAUUUGUUAAUAAAAGGAUAGACAGGGAGCACCUCUGUGGACAGAGUGCGACGUGUUUAUUGUCUCUGGAAGCAGUAGUUGAAAAUCCUGUGGAGCAAUAUCAAGUCGAAGUUGAGAUUGUCGAUAUUAAUGAUAAUUCACCGAGUUUUCCUAACAGUGAAAUUCAUCUGGAAAUUGCAGAAUCAGCGGUUCCUGGAGCGCGUUUUCUCUUGGAGCACGCGCAUGAUCUUGACGGAGGAAACAAUUCUAUCCGCACAUACCAACUCACACCAAAUGAACAUUUUACUUUGGAUGUGCGAAGUCGCGGCAGACGCAUACUACCCGAAUUAGUGCUGGAGAACUUUCUCGACCGAGAAAAGCAAGCAAAACACCGUUUAUUGCUCACAGCGUUUGACGGGGGCUCUCCAGAAAGGACAGGUACCGCGCACAUAACUAUUAUAAUCUUUGAUAUUAAUGAUAAUGCCCCGGUUUUCCGACAGUCGUUAUAUACUGUCAGUCUCAUGGAAAACGUGCCAAAAGGUUCUUUAGUGAUUAAACUGAACGCCACUGAUUUGGACGAGGGUCCUAAUGGCGACGUGGUUUAUUCAUUUAGUAGUCACAAUGAGGAAAGCGUUUCGAAAAUGUUUACGAUUAAUUCAACGUCGGGGGAGAUCCAAGUGAAGGGAAUACUUGAUUUUGAAGAAACAAGUUAUUAUGAGAUUGAUGUAGAAGCUAAGGACCGGAGUGUACCACCACUAUCUGCUCAUUGUAACGUGCGAGUGGAGGUCAAAGAUGUCAAUGAUAAUCCUCCGGAUUUACUUCUUAAUUCUAUCUCACAGUCUGUCAGUGAGGAUGCUCCCAGUGGAACGCUGGUAGCAUUGAUCGGUGUAACAGACCGAGAUUCCAAUAAAAACGGAUACACGGAUUGUUUUAUCUCUCCAAACAUCCCUUUUGAUCUGAAAUCGGCGUUUAUAAAUUCUUACAGGCUCAUCACGAAUAAAGUGCUAGACCGGGAAAGUGUCCCUCAAUAUAAAAUCACGGUAAAGUGCACAGACCGCGGAUCCCCCUCACUCUCCACCAACAAAACAAUCGUUGUGCAGAUUUCUGAUAUAAAUGACAAUGCUCCACGCUUUACACAGCCUUCAUACAAAAUCUAUGUGACAGAAAACAAUGCGCCUGGAAGUUCCAUUGGAUCAGUGACAGCUUUUGAUCCUGACAUCGGUCAAAAUUCUCAGGUUACAUACAGAAUUGUGGAGAAGCCUCUUCAGCAGUUGCCAAUAUCUUCAUAUAUCUAUAUCAAUCCGAAAAAUGGCACUAUAUUUUCAAAACAUUCAUUUGACUACGAACAGUUUAAAAGUUUUCAGAUCCACGUUCAAGCUCAAGAUGCUGGUUUGCCGUCACUUUCGAGUAGUGUUGCUGUGAAUGUGAUUGUCCUUGACCAAAACGAUAACCGCCCUGUUAUAAUAUCCCCUGGAUCUAAAACGCAUGUCAAUUCAAGUGUUAUUCGAUCUGCAGACCCAGGAUAUUUGAUAACGAAGAUCAUUGCUUCCGAUGCAGAUUCUGGUCAAAAUGGACGACUUUCCUAUCAAAUUAUGCAAUCCAACGAUCCAGGUCUUUUCACAAUUUCACGUAAUUCUGGAGAAGUAAGAAGUGUUCGGCGAUUUAAAGAUAGCGACGCGGAAACGCAAAGGUUAAUUAUUCAAGUGAAAGACAAUGGAUAUCCACCUCUCUCGACCACGGCCACUAUUAUAUUGAAAAUAGCUGCGGAAAGCACAAACAUUCAACCGGAUGUCAGUGAACCCCGCAAGGAUUUCCAAGGUUCAGAGAGGUUAACCUUUUACAUCAUCAUAACUUUGGGAGCAACCUCAUUUGUUCUGCUAACGGUUAUCAUUGUUCUUGUUGUUGCUGUAUGCCCAAUGGGCGGGAGUUCUGCUCAUGGUCGAGGUUGCUCUCUUUCUAGUUGUUGUUGCAGCAGAGAAUUGGAAUAUCAGAGUUCGAGUGUCAAUCUUCAAUACGUACCGGAUUCCAGUUUAAUUCCAAACUUUCUGGAAGUCCAUGGUAAUGGAUCGUUUUCAGAAAACUACCGUUACAAAAUCCGUUCAGUGCCAGAAACAGCUGAAUUAGCUUUCACGAAGUUCAGUCCACAAAUGCCUAGAACGAUUGAAAGGAACGUAAUGAAUAUUUCACCACAGUGUCGAAAACUGAAGGAUAACUGGCCUGAUAUACCCAAUGAGGCAGAAGAAAUAAUGAGGGCCGAAAGACACGUCUCUGCAGAGGAAAUGACACACAGGGACGGUUUCUUCCUGUGCAGAAAGACUGCGAUACCGUCCAUUUUGCUGCUUUGUGUCUGGAACCAGGUUUCGGGACGGAUUCGUUACUCCAUUCCUGAAGAAUUAGAACACGGUGCUUUUGUAGGGAACAUCACGAAAGACUUACGAUUCAAUUCAGCCGACCUCGCAACUCGCAGAUUCCGGAUCGCCCUCCAAGCGCCAUUGCAAUAUUUCGAUAUAAAUCUUCAGAAUGGAAUGUUAUUCGUCAAUAAAAGAAUAGACAGAGAAGUACUCUGUGGGCAAAGCCUCACCUGUUUACUGCCUUUGGAACUGGAAAUUGAUGGUCCUGUGGAGCAGUAUGAUGUCGAGAUCGAGAUUAUUGAUAUAAACGAUAACUUUCCCAGUUUUUCAACCGGAAAAAUCAAUUUGGAAAUUGCGGAGUCUGUCACACCUGGAACCCGGUUUAAUUUAGAAGCUGCACAGGAUCCUGAUGCAGGAAGCAAUUCUGUGCAGACGUAUCAGCUCACCUCUAACGAACAUUUCUUUUUAGAUGUACAGACGCUUGGGAAAUGGAAAAUACCUAAGUUGGUGGUACAGAAGUCGUUAGACCGCGAAAAAGAAUCAACACAGCGUUAUUUGCUCACUGCUAUUGACGGCGGAGUGCCUGAGAGGUCAGGUACUGCUGAGGUAACUAUCAUUAUCUUAGAUGUUAAUGACAAUGCACCUGUUUUCCAACAGUCCUUGUACGCUAUUAGUUUAACGGAAGAUACUCCUCUAGGCACUUUAGUUAUUAAGCUUAACGCGACGGAUUUGGAUGACGGGUCCAAUGGCGACAUUGUUUACUCUUUAAGUGGCUAUGGUGAGGAAGAAAUAGCGGAAGCAUUUAAUAUUGAUCCCAAAACUGGAGAAAUCACUGUUAAAGGAAUACUGGAUUUUGAAGAAAAAAGUAUUUACGAAAUACAUGUGGAAGCUAAGGACAUGGGGACGCAGUCAUUUUCCACACAUUGUAUUGUUCAAGUGGACAUCAAGGAUGUGAAUGAUAACGCUCCGGAUUUGAUUCUAAAACCGAUUUCGAGCACAGUCAGCGAAAAUACUCCCACUGGGACUUUGAUAGCGACGGUGACUGUUACGGAUCGGGAUUCUAUUGAAAACGGACGUACGAGUUGUGAUAUCUCCCCGAAUGUCCCGUUUGAGUUGAAACCUUCCUUUCGGAACACUUACAGACUAACCACGAAUGGCAAUCUGGAUCGGGAACAUGCCCAGGAAGUCGCAAUUACUGUGACAUGUGAAGAUGAGGGACGCCCUCCACUAUCCACAAGCAAAACCAUGACUGUGCAUAUUUCAGAUGUAAAUGACAAUGCGCCCAGCUUUACGCAGACUACAUACACGCUCUACGUGACCGAAAACAAUCCAGCUGGACAUUCGAUUGGAUCAGUGUCAGCGUUCGACCACGACUCUGAACAAAAUGCCCAGAUUGCUUACAGACUUCUGGACACCAAAGUCCAGGGCCAUCCAGUCUCUUCAUAUGUGUCAAUUAACUCAGAAAAUGGCGUCAUCUAUUCACAACGAUCCUUUGAUUACGAGCAGUUGAAAAGUUUUGAGAUCCUUGUUCAAGCUCAAGAUGCCGGACUGCCGUUUCUUUCCGGGAAUGUCACUGUGUAUGUGAUUAUUCUCGACCAGAAUGACAACGCGCCUGUCAUUACAACACCUAAGUCAAUGAAUUACAGCAAGGCGACGGUGCCUCGAUCUGCCGAUCCAGGAUUUUUGGUAACUAAGGUAAUUGCUUCUGAUGCUGACUCAGGACAGAACGCACGUAUUUUCUAUCAGCUUGUGCAAGCCACUGAUUCGGGUUUAUUUGCAAUUGCACGGAAUUCGGGAGAAAUCAGAAGCGUUCGGCGAUUUAAUGAUGGUGACGCGAACACACAAACACUAGUCAUCCGGGUAAAGGAUAAUGGUUACCCAUCACUCUCUGCUAGUACCACUAUCACACUCAUUAUCUCUGAACAGAACGAAGAAUUUCAGUCAGAAGUUAACGACUUCCACCAAGAUUUACAACAAUCUUCAGAUUUGGCAUUUUAUAUAAUCAUUUCUUUGGGAAUAACAUCGUUCUUGCUUCUUGUUGUCAUAAUCGCACUUGUUAUUGCCAUUUGUCCGAACACAGCACAAGCUGACUGCAGUGGAAAUUGUUUCCUGACCAAUUGUUGCUAUGCUACAGAAUUGGACUCCAAAAGCAGAAUGAAAAAUCCACGUGCCAACCUUCAGGUUGUGCCAGAUUCUAAGUUAAUUACCAACGUCCUUGAAAUUCGAGGAAAUGGAUCCCUUUCAGACACAUACCGUUACAAAAUUCGAUCAGCACCAGAUGCAGCGAAAAUGGAAUUAAUGUACUUUGCUCCAAUUAGUCCAACAACUUCUGGAGUUUCCUGGAAGAAUAUUAGAAUAUGUGCGUCAAGUGAAUCUGCAAACAUAGUGAACAGAUGGCCGCAUAUAUCUAACGAUGUGGGACAAAUGAAUGCAGACUGGCGUUCAUCAGAACCUCACAUAGUCGGAAAGAUCAGUUCCCAGUGUUUGGAAGAAAAUCAGGAUGAAGUUAAAAGAGAAUUCAACAGAAGACACACAGCAGCAGCAGAUGUAGACUACAUUAAAGCAUCUCCAGAUCUGGAAGAUGGUUUACCUACCUGGGCUCCCAGGUUUGGAUCACAGCAUGUUGAAAACUUAGAACCCGAUGAGUACCAGUCUAACAUCUACAUGGGAGGCACUCCAGUCAUGCUGUCCAGCAAACAGGAGCAAGUUGUCAAGCAGGAUGGGCAGCAUUCUGCCUCGUCGACUAAAAAGAAGAAGAAGCGCACUAAACGAUCAGAAAAGCGAGAAAGCAAAUCUACCAAGGAGGAACCAGAAAAUGAGUAAUGCCAAUUGCCAUGGCAAGCUAGUAACUCUCAGUAACCAGGUCAGAUCACAAGUUAGGCACAAGGGUUCUUAAAUUCAAUUUAAUGUCACAUUUGUAAAAGGUAUUGUUGUGUGUCCACAAAUCUUAAUUUGUUUGACUUGGAUGUUUUAUAAUUCUAGUUAAAGUGUUUUAUUUAGCAUUGCUCCACUUCUUAUGUCAAACAGUUUUAAUUUCUUCUCUGUUCAACUGUAACCACAUGAAAGUCAACAGCAAAAGCAAUGUAAAAAAACAAUCUGCUAACAUACGGUCUAAGCCAACACCUUUUUGUGAAAUAUGUAUUAUUAAUUUUUACACCCUUAGUGUCGUAUCUCAAGGUCUGACCACGGAACAGUUUAACUGUACUAUACAUGUUUAAAGUGAAAAAUUAUAUAUGAUGUCAGUGAAUAUUGAUUAAAUCUUGAAAUAACCAGCUGAGGAAACAAUCAAAAUUCACCUGAGAUGAGUGAAAACAAAUGUACGCAAAAUCUGAAAGCUGUGUUAAGCAGUGCUUAUUUCCAGUGCCAAUGCAUAAAGAGUUUUAUUCCACAGGAAUCUGAAUGAAACAGUUCGUGAAUCAAUGCAUGUCAUGCCAAACUAGUGGCUGCAAUUUCUCCAUGUCUCAAUAAACUGUGACUUGGAUUGAAGAACAGCAUGUAUUUGCCAUUACUUUUGUGGUAUUUAAACAUCUGACAGUUAGAGAUAUUUUCCUCUCUAUAUAAAGUUAGAGAGAAUAAUCUGACUGAAUUAUUAUGAAAACUUGGAAACAAAAUGAAUGAAAUUUCUUUAAGUACACAUUCAGAGCAAAAUGCACCUUUGUGUAUCUGACAGAAUGGGGGAGAAACAGUAAGCUGGCUUCAGCUACUCGCUUUAGCUAGGUUAGUCUGUUAUUGCUUAAUAUUCAUUUGAAGCAUUUUGUACAUUAUUGACAUUGGAAAUCAUAAAAAUACUUCAAUUUUGUCCCCAUCACCUGUGGCCAACUAUGCAUUUUUGUUACAUUUGUACCAAAGGUGGCUUUCUUUCUCAAUCACUUCUAAUGUAACCUUUUAUGCUUAGUUUAUUUUCAGAUGUAUUCUGUUUUUGCAUGUGUAAGUAAAUGUGAUCCGGACAA